AUGUGCCUGUUGCUGCUUGUGCCUGUGCUGCCCGUGCCUGUGCUGCCCUGUGCUGCCUGUGCCUGUUGCUGCCUGUGCCUGUGCUGCCCGUGCCUGUGCUGCCCGUGCCUGUGCUGCCCGUGCCUGUGCUGCCCGUGCCUGUUGCUGCCUGUGCCUGUGCUGCCCGUGCCUGUGCUGCCCGUGCCUGUGCUGCCCGUGCCUGUGCUGCCCGUGCCUGUGCUGCCUGUGCCUGUUGCUGCCUGUGCCUGUGCUGCCCGUGCUUGUGCUGCCCGUGCCUGUGCUGCCCGUGCCUGUGCUGCCCGUGCCUUUGCUGCCUGUACCUGUUGCUGCCUGUGCCUGGUGCUGCCCGUGCCUGUGCUGCCCGUGCCUGUGCUGCCCGUGCCUGUGCUGCCCGUGCCUGUGCUGCCUGUGCCUGUUGCUGCCCGUGCCUGUGCUGCCCUGUGCUGCCUGUGCCUGUUGCUGCCUGUGCCUGUGCUGCCCGUGCCUGUGCUGCCCGUGCCUGUGCUGCCCGUGCUUGUGCUGCCUGUGCCUGUUGCUGCCCGUGCCUGUGCUGCCCUGUUGCUGCCCGUGCUUGUGCUGCCUGUGCCUGUUGCUGCCCGUGCCUGUGUUGCCCCGUGCUGCAUGUGCCUGGUGCUGCUCGUGCCUUGCGCUCGCGCCCUCGUGCGCUCUGCUACUGUCUGCGCCCUCGUGCGCACUGUUUCUGCUCUCCCCCCCCCCGUUUGCGGCUGUCGCUGA